AUGUCUAGCCAACUCCGCUCCGGCCCUCUCGCUCCCGGCAUAGCCUUCAUCACCGGCGGAGCACGAGGUCUAGGCAACGCCAUCGCUGUGUCCUAUGCCCGGGAAGGAGCGAAAGGUAUCGCUUUGGUGGAUAUCUUAGACGAUAAAGCGUUGGAGGCGGGAAAAGCGGAGGUGGAGAAGUAUGGCACGAAGUGUAUCACUAUUCGUGCGGAUGUCACCAAGGAAGCGGACGUGGAGCGGGCUAUUGCUGAGACCGUCGAGGCGUUCGGGCGUAUCGAUUAUACUGCAAACUUCGCCGGCAUUCUCGGAUCGCUCAACAUGAGCUGGGACACCUCGAUCGAAGACUUCAGCAGAGUCAUCAACGUCAACCUCAUCGGCGUGUGGAUCUGUACCAAGUUGCAGCUCAAGCAGAUGAUCAAGCAGGAUUCGAUUGAUGUGUAA